AGUGUAAUGGGCCUGCAGAAUGGAGUAUGAUAUUGAUUUCUACAAACAUUUUGCCUGGCUCAGAAAGGUAAACCUCCAUUCAAACGCUAACAGUGAGUCUUACCAGGAGCGUUUGUCCCGCCUGGAAGGAGACAAAGAAUCACUAAUUCUACAGGUGAGUGUGCUGACAGACCAGGUGGAAGCGCAGGGGGUGAAGAUCAGCGAUUUACAGAGUUCUUUGAUGGAGCAUCAGCACAAACUCAACUCUACAGAGGAAAUGUUACAGCAGGAACUCCUGCAUAGGGCGUCGCUGGAGAACCAGAAGCUGAGUCUUAUGGGGGAGGUGUCCUACCUGAAACUAAAGCUGGCAGACAUGGAAGGAAAACAGGGCCAUGGGGGUGAAAGGCAACACAAAGCAGAGGGCUUACUUAAGGAACUCAGGAUUCUCAAGGACAAAGUCGAACACCUGGAGGAUCAGAAGUUGCAGUACGAGAAGAAACUCAAAGCAACAAAGGCAGAGAUCAGCAGCCUUCAGCAGCUCCUGCACAGUAAGAACGCUGAGAUUGAGAGCUUGCACUCUCAGCUGCUGGCCAGACCCUCUUUAACCACAGAGAGCGCAGAGAGAGAGGAGUUGUACAGGAAGAGACUAAACACCAAAUAUCAAGAACUGCAGAGGCUUAGGAGUGGAAUGAAAUCACUGGCAGCUGCCAAUGAUGAAAAGGACCGACGUAUUGAAGAGCUCACUCUUCUCCUGAACCAGUGCAGACAGUUCAGAGAGGUCUCUAGUAACACAAGGCAAGCACCAUCUGCUGUCCACACAUUGUCGAAUGGCAGGAGCCUGUCAAGCAGCAGUGAGGAAGAAGAGCAGGGUCUGAUGAAGAAUGGUGACACCUCGAGUGCCAAAUCGGAGGAUGUGAAGUCUGAAGCUUCGACAAACAGUUCUGCAUCCCAGCAGACAUCGAUUUCAUCAGUCCAGAAAGACAGCGAUUCCAGAUCAGAAGAACAGACUUUAUCAAGCAGCAUGAAUGACAUAACAAAUGGAACUGCGCAAAAGACUGGCCCAAGUGAAAUGAGAAGUCACACGCUGCCUGUGAAUUCCUCUCUGUCAGAACAAAAUGGGAUCGGAGACAGCGGCAGUGAAAUACAGAGUCAAAGGUCUCCAGCUGGGAGUGAAGACGGAGACUCAAGCCAAAGAAAGUCAGAGAAAGGUGAUGACAGCACCUCAAGUGACACUUCCCCUGUUCAUUCUGGCCAGCGAGCUGUGGGCUCACCAGAAUACAUGAAGAAUAACAGGAGCUUCAAGAGACUCUGGGGAAAACUUCGAAGAACACAGUCUGGAGGCCUUCCCGCUACAGAUCCAGAUUCUGGGCAAUUUAGAAGAGGGGGACUGCGUGCGACUGCUGGUCCCAGACUGACCCGAACCCCUGAAUCAUUUGACUCAGCACGUGAUAUGAAUAUUCCAUUCAGUCAGUGGACCAAGGAGCAGGUGUGUGGCUGGCUAGAGGACUAUGGAUUGGGCCAGUACGUUAGUCUCUCCAGACAGUGGGUUGAAAAUGGACAAACACUUCUGUCUGCCACACCUCAGGAUUUUGAGAAGGAGAUGGGUAUGAAGAAUCCACUGCACAGGAAGAAGUUGCAGCUCGCUCUGCGGGCAUUCACUACUAAAGUUAUAGAGAAGUCCUCAGAGCUGGACCACAUCUGGGUCACCCGCUGGCUGGAUGAUAUUGGAUUGCCACAGUAUAAAGACCAGUUCCAUGAAGCUCGAAUAGAUGGUCGGAUGAUACAAUAUCUCACAGUGAAUGAUCUCUUGACUCUAAAGGUUACCAGCCAACUGCACCAUCUUAGUAUUAAGUGCGCAAUUCAUGUGCUUCAUGCCAAUAAAUUCAACCCAAACUGUCUUCGACGUAGGCCAGUGGAGGAGAAACAUCCUCCUCCUUCAGAAGUAGUGCAGUGGUCUAACCAUUGUGUGAUGGAGUGGCUGAGAGCAGUUGACCUAGCUGAGUACGCUCCUAAUCUACGGGGCAGCGGUGUUCACGGUGGACUGAUUAUUCUGGAGCCUCGCUUCAGCUCAGAGACUUUGGCCCUGCUUUUAAAUAUUCCUCCGCAAAAGACUUUACUCCGUCGUCAUCUCGCAACUGCAUUUUCUGCUCUGGUUGGGCUUCAGGCCAUGCAGGAGAAACGAGAAUAUGGCAAUGCUACGGGCCAUGUGCCCCUCACUACGACCGCAAAAGUAAAGCCGAAGAAGCUGGGCUUCACGCAAUUCAGUCACCUCAGAAAGAGGAAGCCUGAUGAAUCUGCGGACUAUAUCUGCCCGAUAGACAGUGGAGCACUAACAGUUAAUGGAGUUUCUCGCCUGGCAUCUUCAGCACAAAGGGGCCUCAGCCCCAGGUUGGACAGACAGGCUGAGAGGGAGGAACAAGUGGGGAUCAAAGCUCAAACUAAUGGCCCCAAACAAUAAUUAAAAUAAAGCACGGAACUCCAUGCUCUCCACCCCACGUAUAUCUAAGUGACUUCAUAAAUCCAGAGGAAAUUCUAAUGCAGAUAUUUACCCAUGAUGCAUCUGCGUUGUAAUUUGCUAAAAGGGCUGUGAUGCAGUAUUUAGCAAUUAUUAAUUGUUGUUAAUGUUUAUUUAAUCAGAUAAUAUUCAUCUUAAGAAGGUGACGAUUAAUGACAGUGUUUGAAUUGUUUUAAUAAAGCUACUCUGCAUUCCUUAUACAGUGGAAUUCCAAGGCUUACAAUUUUGCUUUUAAGCAUUUUAUCAACUAUUUUGUAUGUAGACUUCUUUAGACUUAGUAAGAAUAAUGAUGACCUUUUCUUGUUGCACAUGUGGAUUUUUGUACAGUGUAAUAACAGAUCAGCUACCUUCAAAACGUGUAAAGUUACCUUUAAGGCUUCUGUAUAAAUCUGAUUAAACAAUUUUUUUGCAGCUUCAAA